AUGACUAAAACUUCAAUUGCAAUUCUUGGAUUAAACGGAUUCUUAGGUGCUCCAGUUCUUGAAGCUAUCAAUUCUGGUAAAUUUGAUGACAAGAUUUCUUAUCCAAUUAAAGCCAUUACUAGAAAAGAACCAACUACCAAAAGUGAUAAAAUUGAAUAUAUUAUAGCUGAUAUUAGUAAACCAGAAUCAAUUGAUUUAAUUGUUGAAAAAUUAGGUGAUAUUGAUACUUUUAUUGAAUUAAUUUCUCCAAAUCCUGAAAUUUUUAAAAAUAUUGAAUUAUUAUUAUCUAAAUUAAAACCAAAAUUAUUUAUUCCUUCACAAUUUGGUACUGAUACUGAUAAAGUUGAUGAAUAUGCUCCAGGAUUUUUAUCAAUUAAAGGUCAACAUUCUAAAAAUGUUAGAGAUUUAAAUAUUAAAGUUGUUGAUAUUUUAACUUCAUUAUUUGCUACUCCAGGUGCUUUUCUUUAUGAAUGGGUUGGUGCAGUUGGUUUAAAUGUUGAAACUAAAUCAAUUGAUGUUAUUGGUGAUAUUAAUCAAAAAUUUCAUAUUUCUAAAUUGGAAGAUAUUGCAAAUACUGUUCUUUCAAUUUCAACUAAUGAAAAUCCUAAUUCUUUACCAGAUACUAUUAGAAUUGCUUCUGAUGUUGUAACUCCACAAAUUGUUAUUGAUACUUAUUCUAAAAAUCAUGAUAAUGUUGAAUUUAAAAUUGCAUCUGAAAAAUCUGCUGAAGAUGCAAAAAAGGAAUUUGCUGAAUCAUUAGCUAAAAAUUUUGAAAAAGACAAAUUCCUUUGGUAUUUACAAGUUAUUCUUGCUCAAGGGUUGGAUAAUGGGUUGUAUUUCAGUAAAUUGGAUAAUGAAUUGGUUAAUCCAAACGAAUCUUUAUGGAAAUGGGGUAAAUGGUAA